AUGACGGCGCUGCCUUCUGGCGCGCUGCAGCAGACCAGGGACGUUCUGCUCCUCUCGUGGCUGCUCGAGCUGCCCAUAGCCGGGGCCCGCGUUGCCGGCGCCGCAGCGAGGUGCGAGGCCCGGGCCGUCGGCGCCAAGUUCGCGCGGCUCGACGGCCCCGUCUCCGCCGACGCCGUAACGCAAGACGACCUCAUCGACCUCGAGCUGGAGAAGCUCCUUAUCGUGGUGCCCGCCGUCUGCCUCCCCUACGACAUCGGUGCGCUCGCCUCCAUAGGCUAUGUCUCGGUGGCGCUGCGGUCGGCCCUGGGCGAGGAGAUGCCAGCAGACGUGGCCUGCGCGAAGGACGAGGUGAUCCAGUUCUUCGACUCAGCUGGUGGUGUGGCGCAGCCGGACCUGCUCGCGCUGGCCGAUCUCGGCCCGCAGCCCGACGUCUGGAUCAUCGGGAUCCUGCUUCGACGCGUUGCGUUCCCCGACCCCGCCCCUCGGGGCGACCCGGGGCGCGUCGGCUUCCAGCUCUCC